AUGGGUUUAGGCCGGUUGAGGCUUGUUUUAAAUGCGCCACCAGCUGCACUCGAUCUCUUUAGGAUCUUUUGGAAAAAGAUUCCCGUACCUGAAGAUCAUCAAUUGCAUACGGACCAGCUCAUCACAUCACCUGGACAACUUGUUGUUUUAAUCGUUUUUAUCUAUGCUCAAUUCCAAGGUGGGUUUCAUGCCCCUCCAGCUUCCAAGCGGGCUGCCCCGCGAUUUUCCUUGGCAGAUGACGUUCUGCCACGACCAAGUGGCGGGGAGGAACGUCAUUACUAUGGAGAGAGUCUGAGACUCUGUACGAUGCUGUGGAUUGUCACGGAAGAUAUGGCAUAG